AUGGGAGAAGAAACUCAUAGAGAAGUGCAACUCGAUAUGAUGAUGAUGGUUCAGGGAUCUAGUGAAGAAAGUUUCCAAGGGUCUCAACCCACCAGAAACUACAAAUGGUGGAUUCGAGUAGCUAUGCAUUCACUCAUGGUUCUUUCCGGCGAGGCAGGGGCAACAAUAUUAGUAAGAUUUUACUAUGAAAAUGUAGGAAAGAGCAAAUGGAUGGGAACACUGUUGUCUUUCAAUGCCAUCUUCUCCUUCUUUCUCAACUCAAAGAAGUUUAAUGCUUAUAUUGUCAACUCCAUGGUUCUUGUCACAAUUUCCACCACCCUCCUAUUGCUUCAAGCCAACUCCCUUUCUCACGGAGUCUCAGAUGGAAAACAUGCAACCGGGUUAAUCUGCACCAUUGGUGGAUCUGCUGGAUAUGGAUUGGUGAUUUCCUUGACAGAGUUUGCUGUUCAGAAUGUUAUCAAAAGCGAAACAUUUUCAGGGGUCAUAGAUUUGGCAGUGUAUCGAUCACUAAUUACAAGCUGUGCUACAAUAUGGGGACUUUUCAGUAGCGGAGAGUGA